AUGUCCACACAAAAAGCUGUUAUCGUCACUUCGCCCCAACAGGCCGGCCUCGUGACGGACCGUGCCAUCCCUGCUCUUCGCGAUGAUUACAUCCUAGUUAAAACCGAAGCCGUCGCUCUGAACCCUACCGACUGGAAACACGUUGCCUACCUCUCCCCACCUGGCGUCCUCGUUGGUUGUGACUACGCCGGUGUAGUCCAGGAAGUUGGAAAAGACGUUAAGAAGCCUUUCAAGAAGGGUGACCGCGUCUGUGGCUUUGCUCACGGUGGUAAUGCCGUUCAACCCGAAGAUGGUGCCUUCGCCGAAUACGUUGUCGCCAAGGGCGAUGUCCAGAUGCCCAUUCCCGACAACCUGAGCUUCCAGCAGGCUGCUACACUCGGUGUCGGUAUUUCAACAGUUGGUCAGGCACUUUACCAAAGCUUGAAGCUUGCUUCCCCCAGCGAGCCGCUGAAGACUCCUGAGCCAAUUCUGAUUUACGGUGGUUCUACUGCGACCGGCACACUGGCUAUUCAGUUUGCCAAGCUCUCUGGUUACAAGGUGUUCACUACCUGCUCGCCUCGUAACUUUGAUCUUGUGAAGAGCCUUGGUGCCGAUGAGGCUUAUGACUACAAUGACACCAAAUCAGCUGCUGCUAUUCGCGCUGCUACUGGCGAUAAGCUUAAGCUUGUCUUUGAUACUAUUUCCCUUCCGGAAAGUAUUAAGUUCUGUGAUGCUGCCCUUUCCACUGAGGGUGGUGAAUACAGUAACUUGCUCCCUGGCCCAAUUGAGCGCGCCAAUGUCAACUCUCGCUACACUCUCGGAUAUACAAUCAUUGGCGAGGCCUUUAGCUUUGGACCUAACCCUGUUCCUGCCAAGCCUCAAGAUCUGGAAUUUGGAACGAAGUGGUGGGCUGAGGCUGAGAAGCUACUGGCUGCCGGCAAAAUCAAGGUUAACCCAGGUGGCCUGAAGGGUGUUCUUGAUGGUUUGCAGCUACUGAAGGAAGACAAGGUCAGCGGUGAGAAGCUGGUCUACAACGUCUCUGAGACUCCUUAG